AUGUUUACUUUGGCUGUUGUUUUCGUUGGUAUAUGCGGUGCAAUUGUGUAUGCUUUAUCUAAUGAAGGUUCAAAUGAAACAGAUAAAUGGUUUAUAAAAUGUCUAUUUGAUGAUCAAAACAAGACACAAUAUUGGACAGGUGAUAUGGUAUCAGGUGUCAUCAACUUUAUCAAUAAUGGUUAUCCAUAUUUAAAAUUAAAGAGUAUUAAUAUUACACUAGUCGGACCAUCAAAACGAACUACUACUAAACAUGAAGUAAUAUUCUUCGAAGAAGAACUCAUUUCAACAUCGAUUAACAAUGGAAGUGACUUUGUUCUACCAGUUGGUAAUUAUACUUGGCUGUUUCGUGGUCGUCUUGGCCAUGUUUUACCACCUUCGACUAGACAGACCGUAUCAUCAAGCCCAUAUAUUCGUUACUUUGUUCGUGUUCGAUUGAGUCGAUCUGAAUGGUACAAACUGGAUUUUCAGACAGACUUUCCUAUUAUUGUUCGACUCAAUUCAUCUUGGCCUGAAAAUGUAACAAGAAUCGAGAAGCAGGAGUCUCAGCGAGGUGUUCAGAUCCGUGUUAGUCUUCCAAAGAAUGUUGUCACUGCUGGAAAUAAGUUAGCAUUUGAUAUUGACAUACAUAAUUCCGAACAAGUUCCAAUACGUAGUCUAUCUGCAACUCUUGUGCAAAUAUGGGAAAUUGGUCAGGUUAAAACA